AUGGAAUCGGAAAUCAACAAGAUGCAAACGAAAAUACCUCCAAAGAACUUCUCGAUUGAAUCGAUAGUCGGUCUAAAUGAUCGUCGAUCGCCUGAAAUCGAUAUCGAAAACACAAUUACUGAUUUCAAUGAGCAUUCAGAAGACGAGGAGUUAAAAAUAAGAGAAGGAAAAAUGGGCUACUAUUUCCAACAGAAUAGAGUUCCGAAUUUUCCGUUUUUCAUGUCGUAUGAUAAAAGAAUGGGCAAUGGUUAUCAAGAUGGACAGCCUGAAGAUCUGAAGAGGGCCAGCCCUGGUAGUGUCAGAAGUGAAGUUGACAGCGAUGGUGCUGAUGAUAGGCCACAUGAAUCCUUAAGUCCUCAAUCGGAACCAAUCAGCACAGCAAACUCGGCACCUGAUCCAAAUAUUAGACGGUAUCGCACCGCAUUCACUCGGGAACAACUUGCCCGUCUUGAAAAGGAGUUUAUGAAAGAAAAUUAUGUUUCACGGCCGCGAAGAUGUGAGCUUGCAGCACAGUUGCAACUGCCGGAAUCCACUAUUAAGGUAUGGUUCCAAAACCGUAGAAUGAAGGAUAAACGCCAGCGUAUUGCCGUCGCUUGGCCUUACGCUGCAGUUUACAGCGAUCCAGCCUUUGCGGCAUCUAUCCUCCAAGCCGCUGCAUCAUCCGUGGGUCUUCCCUACGGAUAUCCCUCCCCUGCACUCCUCCCACCCUUCCAUAACCCUCAAUUAUUACCCUCCGGCUAUCCCUACCCAUACCCGCCUUACCCCCGUUAUCCCUACAUUCCCCCAACGCCACCAUCCCCUGAAAACGCUGGAAACAACCUGCGGCCCGCGUACCAAAAUUUCAAUUUAAAUGUUGAUAAA